CACUUUAAUAUUUAUUUAUUUUAUGUGAAGCGGCCUAGUGUUCUUAUUAGCUGUCAAAAUUCUGAAUUGACAUCAUGUCUGAAAGAGAAUUUAAGAACCCUUUUCCACCCUAUGAAGAAAGCCUAAGUAUUUUUGAUUUUAAUACCAACAGAAUGAUUCAAGAAAUUGAAAACCCACUGUUUGAAAAUGUGUUUAUUUUGCUCCAGACUUUAGAGAAACAUUUAAGUUCUGAAACUGAUUGGACUGAUACAAGUGUUUACACAGGAACAUCUGGCAUUGCUCUGUUAUACAUGAGAUUCAUGGAUAUUAAAUUAUGUGAAGGAAAAAAGAAUUUUCUGAAAGAUGCUUUAUCAUACAUAGAGCCUAUUAUACCCUAUUUGAAAAAGAAGCGAUUUUCUUUCUUGUGUGGUGCAGCUGGUCCCUUAGCGAUUGCUUCAGUAUUAUAUCAUCGAUCUGGUAUGGAGAAAGAAAGCCGUGAUUUAGCUAGAAGGCUUGAAAAUCUUGACAAAGAUGUUUGUUCAGUAAUGAGUGAUUGUCCAGAUGAGUUAUUGUUUGGUCGUGUAGGGUUUCUUUUUGCACUUCUUUUUCUUGAAAAGCAUGUUCCUGAUGAGGAUAAUUACCGGGAAGAAAUCAUUAAAGAGGUCAUAGGUUCAAUUUUAAAAUCUGGCCAAAGACUGGCUAAAAAAUUCAAGAACACGUCCAAAAUUCCAUUGUAUUUUGAAUGGCAUAAUAAAGCCUAUGUUGGAUGUGCUCAUGGUUUUGCUGGAAUUCUUUACAUGCUGCUUCAAGCAAAGAAGUAUCUGACUUCAGAAGAACUGAAUGAUUUGGUAAAGCCUACUGUAGAGUUCAUCCUCAGUUUGCAGUUCCCAUCUGGAAAUUUCCCUUCUUCACUUGGAAAUUCAGCUGAUAAACUCGUUCAUUGGUGCCAUGGAGCUCCUGGUGUUGUGCAUCUCCUUUUACUAGCAUAUGAAACCUUCAAAGAAGAAAAGUACUUGGAGGCUUCAAAAAAAUGCAGUGAUCUUAUUUGGGAAAGAGGUUUGCUAAAGAAAGGUUAUGGUUUAUGCCAUGGUGUGGCAGGGAAUGGAUAUGCUCACCUGAGAGUUUUUCAACUUACAAAGGAUGUUAAAUAUCUCUACCGAGCCGUUAAGGUAUGGCAAUUUUUAUGUUCUUGAAUGAAGUCUGAACCC